UCCAACUUCUCCGUUCCUCGCUCUCCCCCACACUCACCUCUCCGCGUACCCUCCGCCCGCCAAACACGAGACAGCAACGAUGACCGACGCACUCGCAGCAGCGGCCAAGCUGAAGGACCAGGGAAACCUCGAGUUCCGGGCGAAGAAAUACGACGAGGCCAUCUCGCUUUACUCUUCGGCGAUUACAACCAUCGCGCCAGCAAUCGACCCGAUUCUAUACUCGAACCGCGCAGCGUGUUUUAUCGCACUUGAGAAGUAUCAGGAAGCGCUCGAAGACUGCAGGAUUGCGAUAGGGGAAAACCCGAACCAUAUAAAGUCUCUGGAUCGAAGCUAUUUCUGCUACACGAAGCUUGGGAAGCCAAGGGAAGCGCUUGUCGAACGGUUAGCAGCAAAGGUCGUCUCCGGCGAUGCUGAGCAGGUCUACCGCCGCAUCCAAGAGGGUGCAUCUACUGCACUUGAUCCGAUUGUCGGGAAGCUAGCGGACCAGUUUUUAAAAGCGGAGACGAAGAAGCUGGCGGAUGACGAGAGCCGGCUGGUGUUUCCGGAUGCGUUUGAGAUGUUUUGGCAUUUUAACUAUAUGCACAGUCCUCGGCACGAAUCUACACAGAGCGACGGCCAUGCGACAGUGGGAACGAUAGAAGGAGAGUUACUGGAGGUGUAUAAAAAGCUGAGAGAGCAUACGUAUGAAGCAUACGUCGACGCCUACCACCUCGUCGACAAACUGAUCGAGAAGCAUCAAACCGGCGACAACGACAACAAGGAACUAAAAACGGCCUACGAAGUCCGAGGGUCAUUCAACUAUCUACUGAAGCGCGAACAGCAAGCAAUCGCAGACUUUAAGCGAAGCGACAACAGCUCCAGCGUUUUACUCAAACUUGCGACUACGACUUCAAACAGCAGCGAAAAGCUGUCAUAUAUAGAACAAGCCAAAGCUGCGAAUAAGGACGAUCCUCGCAUCGAUUUUUUCCAGGGCUUGAUGCGCUAUGAAGCGGGAGAGUACGAACCUGCAAUCUCGUCUUUCAAGAAGGCUAGGGAUGUGAGCAAAGCCGCCGCUGAUGAUGCGACCGAGCUGAUUUCCUCUCUUUACCUGACCUACGCAUACUGGAAAUCCAAAAAACAUGCCCUUGCACGGUCUGAGCUUGGAGCCCUGCAGAAGUCAAGGCCGGGACACCCUCGAGUUAGCGCGGUCACGGCGACUAUCGAGGGUGAUGGAGCGUCGAAUGCAGAGAAAAUUCGGCUAUGGGAAAAAGUCUGGGAGGAUGUUGAGACGUUGACGAAGGCGAACGGGUACGUGACGGAUACGACGCCGUUGAUGAAUAUUGCCCUGAUAAUGCUCGAGACGUUUAUGGACGAGGUUGGAAGCGGGAAGAGGACGGUCAAGGAGGAUAACAGCGAUUGGGAGCCGAUCCUGCAGGUCUACCGCGACGCAUGCGAAGCCGAUCCGCAUUCUCUUCAGUGCAGGUUUGGAUAUGCGCAGAUGCUUUCGAUUGUCUAUACCGACGCUCAAUUUGAAAAUAUUGAGGAGAAUUAUAGAAAGGCACUUGAUCUUGCCGCCGGUGGGCCUGCUAUCACUAAAGUUUUGAAGGACUUGCUUGCGCAUGAGGUGAAGGUAGCGCUUUACGAACGGUAUCCGGGAUCCCUUCGCCCGCUGAUAAACAUGGUUAUCAUUUCGCAGGGAAUCAGGACUGAGUUUUAGACUGCAUUAUAGAAUAGACAGCUGUAUAUA